CUCAACAGUGCAGAGCCUCUGGCGCCUAAUCUGUUAUUAUAGGUUGGAGAUUCCACGUGGUUUUAACUUAUGUAUAAAAGUUUCUGUAGAAAAGUAGCCUAAUGUUGUGAUUUGGCAGGUCAGAAAGAAAGAAAGAAAGAAAGAAAGAAAGAAAAGGGGGGGUUUAAAUCCCGUCGCCUGGAGAUUAAGAGGCAGAUAAGCGAGGAAGAACAAGGCGCUUCUCCAACCGAGACCUUCCACUUGGCGAUCGGAGGCGGAACGUCAGGUUCAGGGAGCUGGGGAGAGAGAGAAAGAGAGUGAGUAAAAUACAACAAGGCACAGGCAAAUAUCAACGGCCGGAGGAAGGCAGCGCGGUUGGUCUGCGUUUGCUCACGAGAAGCUCCAGUGCCACAUAACAAGGGCGGGAUUGGCUAGGUGCAAAGGAAAGCCUCAGGGGCGAGUAGUGUUAAGCAGGAGGACCCACUCGCUUCCGGAGCUCUUGCCUUGUUGCUGCCGGGGCUGUUUUUUUUUUUAAAUAGUGUAUAUAUAUAUAUAUAAACAGAACUCCUGUUUUAAUGUGGACAGCUGCCUGAUCGCGGGAUCCCCAGGGAGGGGCCCCAUCGACUGGAUUGUUGCCCCAACUUGCCCCAAAAAAGGACAAGGUGUGGGGGAGGGAAAGGCAGCCGCCGCCUUUGUGGAUCUGACUUGGUCCCCCCCCCUCCUGUGCGCUCCCCGCUCUUUGCUUUAAGCUUCAGGUUAAGUUCGCUUUGAAAAAGACAGGCUGCGAGCAAAGGCUGCGGGCGCUGAAGGGAGAGGCGAGCGCGCCCUUCGUGCUAAGGACGGCAGCCGCGGAGCUUGGGCGGACUGGAUUUUGCUCGUGUUUUUUUUCCCUCUUCUUGUGGCAAAGGGAUCGGGAGGCAUCGCUGACUGGAGUGUCCCCAAGCUCGCCGCGAUAAAUUGGAUUGACUCUCAGUUGGAUUGACUCUCAAUCUGCCUGGCUGAUCCUCCACGCCACCCCACCUUCCCCCCUCCCCUUCGGCCCCCCGAUGACUCUGGACUGAGCAAGAUCGCCCUUCUCCCCACCCCCUGUUUGCUUUUUUUGGCUGGACACUGCCUGGCUGGAGGCGAACAAACUGGAGCCAUGAAGAAGGAGCAGUCGGCUCUGGAGGUGCCCUCUGGCAAGUGACGGAGUGAGACCGCAGGGCGAAUCCGGCUGCCCGGGGGGGGAACCGGCUCUCUCUCCCCCACCCCACCACUGCUCUCUGCCGAAGUGCUCCUAACUUGCCUCUCCUCUGGGCAACCUGCUCGCCGGCACACCGCGGGGGAAACUCCCUGAUUCGGCUUGCCGACGCCCCCUCCCCGCAACAUAGCGCCCCUCCUGGCGCUCACCCGCCCCCUUGAGCUCCGCGCACCCCUCUCAGCCGCCCCCCGGCUCGGAUCCUAGCCCCGCAGCGGAACUGCCUGGAAACCGGCAUGGACGGGGCGGCUCGGAGGGGGGCCCUGGCCGCUUUGCUGCUGCUGGCGGUGGUGGUGGCUGGCUGGCUGGUGCUGGGCGCCGGAGCCUCGCCGACCCCUCCCGGAGCCGCCCCGCAGGGCACUUGCACCUCGUGCGGCUUCCGGCGGCCUCCCGAGGAGCCCGGCACAGUGGACGGCGAUUUCCUGGAGGCCGUCAAGAGGCACAUCCUGAGCCGCCUCCAGAUGCGCGACCGGCCCAACAUCACUCACGCCGUCCCCAAGGCCGCCAUGGUCACGGCGCUGCGCAAGCUGCACGCCGGGAAGGUGCGCGAGGACGGCCGCGUCGAGAUCCCCAGCCUGGACGGGCAGGCGAGCGGGGGAUCCCAGGCCCACGAGCAGAUCUCCGAGAUCAUCAGCUUCGCCGAGACAGAUGACCUGACUUCCUCUAGAGUGCGUCUCUAUUUCUUCAUUUCCAAUGAAGGGAAUCGGAACUUGUUUGUGGUUCAGGCCAGCCUAUGGCUUUACUUGAAGCUGCUUCCAUAUGUCUUGGAGAAAGGCAGCAGGCGAAAAGUAAGAGUCAAAGUGUAUUUCCAAGACCCAGACACUAGCAGCAAGUGGAAUGUGGUUGAAAAGAAAGUUGAUCUCAAAAGAAGUGGCUGGCACACAUUUCCCAUGACAGAAGCAAUCCAGGCUCUGUUUGAGAAAGGGGAAAGAAGACUGAACUUGGAUGUUCAGUGUGAAGGCUGUGAAGAGUAUUCAGCGUUGCCAAUUUAUGUGGAUCCCGGGGACGAAUCUCAUCGGCCUUUUUUAGUGGUGCAAGCCCGGUUGGUUGACAACAAGCACAGGAUCCGGAAAAGAGGCCUGGAGUGUGAUGGGAGGACCAAUUUAUGUUGCAGGCAACAGUUUUUCAUUGACUUUAGACUCAUUGGGUGGAAUGACUGGAUCAUAGCGCCACAUGGUUACAAUGGGAAUUACUGUGAAGGGAGCUGCCCAGCCUAUUUGGCUGGUGUUCCAGGCUCAGCUUCCUCUUUUCACACCGCAGUGGUGAACCAGUACCGCAUGCGAGGACUGAAUCCAGGCACCGUGAACUCCUGUUGCAUCCCGACCAAACUGAGCUCAAUAUCCAUGCUGUACUUUGAUGAUGAAUACAACAUUGUGAAGAGGGAUGUUCCCAAUAUGAUUGUGGAAGAAUGUGGUUGCGCCUGAUUUUGGAGGGGUGUGUUUGACAGGGGAUGGGGACAGGAGGGCGAGGACAUUCCCAUACAGAACGGAAUUGGAGGGUGUUUUUUGCUCUGUUUCUUCCUUCCUGGCAUGGAUGUAAAAUCACUGCAGAGAGGCAACAGCAGCAGGAGCAGCGAUAACAACAGCGGCAAAGAUCUGUGUUAUCGUGUCACUCUGUUGUCAGGACAGUGGCAGUUCGUGGAUCUCGGACACUAAAAUAUGCUACCACUUAUAAACUAAUGCUACGGAGUACCUUAAUCCCACCCACACACCCAAGGACACAGAGUGCAUACACACACACAUGCAGCGACACGCACACGCAGUUGCAUGAUGCAGAUUGGAGGAGGGAGGCAAGUAAAAAAAGAGAGGAGUUAAAUGUCUGCCAGUGAUUUUAAAAAAAUGGCAGUGGGCCAGUAGCCAUUUCCUCUGUGAGCCAGCCAUGUAUUUAGAAUGAAAUCACUGGGAAGCACAAGAAGAGAAAACAGUCUAAUAUAUUUGCAUACACAGGUAUUUAAAUGACCAAAUGAUCACCUUCACCUCUAAGGUCUAAAAAGGGGAGUAGCAGGCUACCUGCUGAAGGCAAUAUAAGCCCUUCCUCUUGUUAAACAUAAUGUAUAUAUAUAUAUUUUUAAAGAAUCACAAACAGCCUAUAGCACUUCCAGAGUAGAAAAUUGAUGAGGGAAAGAGAGAGAAAUGUACUUAAGGAAGUACUGUGAGCUUAAUGUAAUCACAGUUGUUGUUCUGUAUGGUACGUUGACAUGUUUUCAUGCUUUCAGGCGAAUACAUUGAGCUUUAGCUGCCCAUUAGAUUCUCCCACCCCCUCCCCACAUGGAUUGGUAUCCUGGCUAUGUCAUUUCAGAAGGGCUCAAAAGGGUCCAUCCUGUUCCCCAUUUUGUUCACUAUUCAUCUUAACCGUCUUCAUGUUCUCAGAACAUCGGCAACAUCAAAAGUUGCAAUUUGUGUUUCAUGGCAGGAGAUUCAGCAAGAGCCUGUUCGGAGUAGUUAGGGAGGAGGACAGGGAGAAAACAGAUAAUCACAAGUAAACUGAUGAACCCUAAAAAAAGGAGAGGAAUUACAGUCACACGGUGGAUACAUUUUGGGGUGGUGGUGGUGGAAAUGCUGGGCAUUUGUAACAGUCAAGGUACAUUGAACAAGUCUGGGGGGGAGAGAAAAAGAGAGAGAGGAGAGGGGAGUUUUUUUGUUAUAUUUUUUAAAAAAGAAAUCUUUCCCAGAAUAUGUCAAGGAUGGCUGCAGAGCUCAAAACCCAACGCUACAGCAUAGCACUCGCAAACUGCCUGAAUGCACGUUAUGGUAGCACUUGCAGGUUUCAAUGCCUUGAAUGGUUGGUACUUGAUGGUGCACUUCUCAUGGUUCACUAUCUCUAGGUUAAAACAAAUGUCGCAUGAGCUAUGCAAUUUAAAGUGUCGACCCAUAUAGAAGAAACUGGACUGAAAUGAGAUGACUUUUUAAUAUUUUUUUUAUACUUGAAAUUAAAUCUUUUGCUUCUUUUUUUAAAAGCGAAUGAUUGCUUUUCAUGUUUGCACUGAUGUAGUUGCAUGACUUAGUCAAGAGAAACUGCCAUUUGAAAAAAAGGUUAUUUUUAUAGCAGCAAAAAAAUAAUAAUGAAUACAGUGAAAUGUAUUAUACAUAAAAUUUUGGAACCAAAGAGGCCAACAAUAUUAAUUGUCAUUUUUAUCAGGUGGCCAGGCCAUCAUAUAUCUAUAUAUCAUGUAAUGAUACUGAACAUUCUUCUUUGAGGCCUACCAAUUUGUUUUUCAGGGUACAAAACUGAUUCCAUGAUGUUUGGGUUAGUGUCUUUUCUAUACCAUCACACAUAGCAGACAAAAUGUGCAUCCUUUAAAAAAAAGAAAGAAAGAAAAACCCUAUUGUUGUUUAUUUAAUAAAGUCCCUCAUAGGUUCUGUUCCAUAAUAAUUUAAAUACAAAACAACUUUCACUUAGAUUUGCUGUCGGAGUAUUUUACAUUUGUGUACAGUUUAAAUAAAUAAAAUUG